AUGGGUCUCACACACAUUUUGAGCUCGGCCCUGCUGGCUGGUGCAGCACUUGCGAUGCCAGCUGUCGAGAUCGUUGAGCGACAGUCAACUUGCUCAAUUCCCUCAAGCGUCCCGACCGUGAACAAUGGGCAGCUUCCAGACCCUUUCAUCUUUGCAGACGGCAGGAAGGUCACUACCAAGGCCGAAUUUGACUGUCGGGCCCAGGAAAUCAGCAAGAUUAUGCAGCAAUAUGAACUGGGCGACUACCCACCAGCGCCGGAUUCGGUCAAGGGCACUCUCUCGGGUAACAGUCUCACGGUUGCUGUAACUGUUGGUGGGAAGUCUGUUAGCUACUCAGCGUCCAUCAACAAGCCUUCUGGGAGCGGCCCGUUCCCUGCCAUCAUCGCAAUAGGCGGGUCUUCGCUCCCAGUGCCUGCUGGAGUGGCGACCAUCAACUUCAACAAUGACGAUUUUGCCUCUCAGGCAUCGAGCUCAUCUCGUGGCCAGGGCAAAUUCUACACUUUGUUUGGCGCAUCGCACAGUGCCGGAGCCCUCACCGCCUGGGCCUGGGGUGUUGACCGUCUCAUCGAUGCCCUCGAGCAGGUGAACGCGACGUCUGGUAUUGACCCGACGCGUCUUGGAGUUACUGGCUGUUCCCGGAACGGUAAGGGGGCAUUUAUCGUAGGCGCGUUUGUCAAAAGAAUCGCCUUGACCCUUCCCCAAGAAUCCGGAUCAGGUGGCGCUGCGAGUUGGCGCAUCAGUGAUCAGCAGAAGAACGCCGGCGCAAACAUCCAAACGGCAGGCCAGAUAAUUGGUGAAAACGUUUGGUUCUCUACGCGGUUGAACCAGUAUGCCAAAGCGACAUCAACGAUCCCCGAGGACCAUCACUUCCUGGCAGCCAUGACCGUUCCGCGAGGCUUGUUUGUCAUCGAAAAUGACAUUGAUUGGCUGGGCCCCGUCUCAACGACUGGAGCUAUGAAGGCCGGGAGGGUCAUCUACAAGGCAUAUGGCGUGCCCACGAACAUGGGCUUCUCUCUCGUCGGCGGCCACAAUCACUGCCAGUUCCCCAGUUCUCAGCAGGCGGACCUCACCUCGUACAUCAACUACUUCUUGCUGAAGACCGGAUCGGCCCCGGGGGAAAUCGAGAAGAGUCCCAGCAAUGUCGACAUGUCGCAGUGGACAAAGAACUGGGUCGUGCCUACCUUGACUUGA